AUGUCUCUUCCUGAUCCAGAAACGCUUGCUGAGUUGAAGAAAGAUGAGGUUUCGGAUGUCCUUGGACAUCUCUUUGAGCCUUGCCCCGUGCUCUGUGACUUUAUCAUCAAGGAAGUGAUCAAAGAACCCUUCAAUUCUUAUACUACCCUCAUUGAAUCCACCAGAGGUGAAUUGUUAUCAUUCUUGGAGAGAGAAGAAGCCAAGUCUUCAGUCUCACCUGACGUUGCAUCCAUUAUCUCAGCACAUCCUAGACUUGGUCCUUCAAAGGACAAGCUAUCAUCACACUCUAACCUGGAGCAGAAGUCCUUAGCUGGGGGUGAAGAAGAAGCUAACAAGCUCGCAGACCUCAACGCUCAGUAUGAAGCUACUUUCCCAGGCCUUCGUUAUGUUGUGUUCGUCAAUGGUCGUUCUAGAGAGACAAUCAUGCAGAAUAUGACUGAAAGGAUUCAGCGGAACGAUAUUGCUGCUGAGAGACGUGAAGCAUUCAAUGCAAUGUGUGAUAUUGCUUUGGACCGUGCCAGAAAACUAGGCGCUAAGCUUUAG